CAGCCAACAAGAUAGAUUAUCAUUUCCUCAUUUUAUGCCCCUGCCCCCAUCUCUUUCAAGCAUCCAGUUGUAGAAGGCUCCCAGAUGAUCGGUGUGCGUCAGCCUCACUCCAGGGGCUCUUGGAUGGGACCUGGCCUCCAAGGAACCAUGAACCUUUGGCUUUGGUUACUCUACUUCCUGCCAGUGUCUGGGACCCUGAAGGUCCUCCCAGAAGUACGGCUGGAAGUAGAGUUGGGUGGGUCCGUUUUCAUCGAGUGCCCACUCCCUCAAACACACGUGAGGAUGUAUCUGUGCCGGCAGAUGACCAACCCUGCAAUAUGCGCCACUGUGGUGUCCAACAUCUUUGUCAAGAAGGAAUAUAAAAGGCGGGUCACCCUGAAGCCAUCCUUGAAUAAGAAGCUGUUCCUAGUGGAGAUGACACAGCUGACUAAGGAUGACGAAGGAAUCUAUGCCUGUGGUGUGGGCACAAACACAGACCUCGGCAAGACCCAGAAAGUCACCCUGAACGUCCGUAAUGAAUUCCCAGAAUACCCAGAGCCAUUCUGGGACGAUGAACCGACAUCAGAGCCAUCGCCAAGAUGGUGGUUGCACAGAUAUCCGGAGGAGCUUCCCUGGCUCAAAAUGGGUGAACAUGCCAGCCCUUCUGGAUUCAUAGACAAAGUCACCACACUAUCUCCAAAGACUGAGGCCCCUCCAGUUCACCAGCCCUCCACCAACACUUCAGUAAGCCGCCAUCCCAGAGUUUAUGGAGCAUCUUCUGAAACACCUACCAAGCCCUCAGCGCUCCUGCCAGCUACCACAGCCUUCAAAACCUCUGCUCGGCAAGCAUCCAGGCUCCUCGAGGCCAGCUACAGCCACCACACCAGACUUCAUGGGGAAAGGACACCCCACUACGGUUCACAGUAUGGGAGAGAAGACCGAGGGCUUCACAUCUCCAUCCCAGAAUUUCACAUUCUGAUUCCGACCUUCCUGGGCUUCCUCUUGCUGGUUCUUUUGGGACUGGUGGUAAAACGAGCCAUUCAAAGGAGGAGAGCCUUCUCCAGGCGCGUAGGCCGAAUGGCGAGGAGAAUGCGAGGCCGGGGGCCUUCCCGCCAGAUCCCUACACAGCGCCGGGAUGCCCCGCAGAGGCCGCGCUCGCAGAACAACGUCUACAGCGCCUGCCCGCGGCGCGCACGGGAACCCGACAACGUGGGUGAGCGCACACACCAGCGAGGCGUGGAGAAUGAGGCCAGCCGGGAACCGGGGACAGGUAAUUGAAACUUCUUGGCCCCACACCCCGUCUCUGAAGAUGAGCUGUGAAUACGUGAGCUUGGGCCACCAGCCUGCUGUCAACGUAGAAGACCAGGAUUCAAACGAUUACAUCAAUAUUCCUGGCCUACCUCAUCUCCCUAGCAAGCCCCCAGGGCCCAGACCUUCACGCCAAUGAAUCCUAUCUGUUUGCUGAUGCCUAGCACUUUUUCCUUACAGGAUCCCUGUCACCUCGUAUGUCCUAUCCCCUAACUCAACUCUUGCCUGACUGAAUGCCUUGAGAAUAGUCAAUUACAAGCGAAUUUCUCACCCCCA